AGAGGACAGUUUACUCACAAGAAUGGCGGAUAUUUGUCAAAAGAAAAGAUGAUGGAUCUUCUUCCUCCUGAAUUAGUUCCAGAUGUUCCAGUGUUCACCAGUCUACCACCAGCAGUAGAUGGACAUGUACGAUGUUAUUUGCAGCUUCAUAUUCCAUAUAUUUCUUGGGUACAAAAAGCCAAAAAUGCAAUUACAGUUAAUGAUUCUGUAAGCGUGAAGGUACGAUGGUGGGGAGAGGAUGCUGUUAGUUGGGCAGAUUUUAUACCCCGUGACUUGAGUGACAUUUCUUCUCCAUCAAAGGCCAAAACUACAGCAAAAUACAAAGUUUGUUCAGGUCCAAAACAAUUUUUGGCAUAUUUAACAGAUAUGAAAGAGUUGGUGGCUGAAGUGCAAACAGAAAGUACAUUUCUGGGUUCGGCAGUUGUAGGUAAACUGUCUAACCUAACAGAUACAUCAGUCAUAGCAGGGGUGUACCCAGUUGUGACUGCUGAAGGGAAGAAGAUUGCUGAUCUUUACAUUAGCAUUAGCCUUCAUAGUGAAAGAUCAGCUCGUGAUUGUUCAAAAAUUGACACGGUUUCCGAAGAACUGAAAGAAAAUAACCACAAUGCCAAUGAUUCUAAUUCUCAGCAGAAAAAUAAUUUUCAAAGUAAAAAGGACUGUUUAAUAGAAGCAAAUCAGGUUUCUACAAUGCACCAGCAGGCUAAAAAGGAUAAAGAAGGGCUUAUAAGUAAUAGCAAACACAAAAAUCCUGAAAUGCUGGAAAAUUUAGAUAUUGAACUUAUCCAUGCAACUCUUGAAAAGGCUCGUCGUGUUCGUCAGAAAGAUGAUGUCUUUGGUAAUGAGGAAAAAUCAAGUGAUCUUCUCCUCGACAUUGAGGAUAAUGUAAGAGAUGAGGAAUUUUCAGAACAAUUGAUUGAAAUGGUUUUGGGUGAAAAAUUGUCACGGAAGAACAAUGAAAAGUUCAGUCUUUCUCUGCCUUCACUUGAAUCACGGGUUACUUCUGAUGAUAUGAAUGAAACAGACUCAUGUGAUUCUCUUCCCGAUGACAGC